GAAAGAUGUCCGUAAUCGAAAGUUUUCGGGGUACUCGGAAUAGAAGUCAUCCAUGAGUGAGUGGGAUUUCUGUGUGCUUAUGGACUCGAUGCUAAUUGAAUUGUCAUUGAUUAAUUGAGCCACCCCGAAAAUUGUUCGAUACUGCAAAAGCAAUAACUUCCAGUCGUCUGGAUGGAAGUCAUAUGCUUCAGAAGACAAGAAGCAGCCCUACACUAAGAAAAACUAAUUCUAAAAAGCCCUGCCCCAAAUUUCAUUUUCAAAUUAUAGAUAUACAGCUACAGCUAAGGAAAUUUCGGGGAUUGUGUAAAAAGCAUAUGGGUCAUAAAAUGGGUGGCUUCUUGGAAAAACCAGAAACUGAAAAGCAGGCUCAAGAGGGUCACGGAAAUGGGCUGCGCUACUGCGUAAGUUCUAUGCAGGGUUGGCGAUUGGAAAUGGAGGAUAGCCACUCGGCUGUUUGCCGGCUGAAGGAUCCCUUCGCAAUGUGGUCAUAUUUUGCGGUAUUCGAUGGUCACGCUGGCAGUCAAAUAUCACUGCAUUGCGCUGAACAUCUAUUGAGUACUAUAUUGGAAUCCGAAUCUUUUUCAAAGCACAAAUACGAGGCUGGCAUACGAGAGGGCUUCCUGCAGUUGGAUGAGGAUAUGAGGAAGCUAUAUCAGGACAAGCAAGGCGGCUCGACGGCCAUUUGUGUUUUUGUAUCGCCGGACAAAAUAUAUCUGGUCAAUUGUGGCGACUCGCGUGCUGUGAUAUCGCGAAAUGGAGCAGCUGUCAUCUAUACAAUUGAUCACAAGCCGUUUUCUCCCAAAGAGCAAGAACGCAUUCAAAAUGCCGGAGGCAGUGUAAUGAUUAAAAGGAUAAAUGGCACUCUGGCCGUUUCCCGGGCCUUCGGGGACUAUGAUUUCAAGAAUGAUAGCUCAAAGUCUCCUGUCGAUCAAAUGGUUUCUCCGGAACCUGAUAUAACAGUUUGCAAUCGUUCCGAACACGAUGAAUUUAUAGUUGUAGCCUGCGAUGGCAUUUGGGAUGUGAUGACUAGCACGGAGGUUUGUGAAUUUAUUAGUUCACGACUUUUGGUGACCUAUGACCUGACGAUGAUUGUUAAUAGCGUAUUGGAUAUUUGCCUGCAUAAAGGCAGCAGAGACAAUAUGACACUGCUCCUCCUACUUUUGCCUGGAGCACCGAAAGUCGAUAUGGAUGCAGUUAAGGCCGAAAGGAGCCUUGAUCAAACUAUUGUGCAAAUAACCAAGGAAGUGAUUGAGAAGCACGAAAUACACGACUUUGAAACACUCAUUCGACUGAUGAAAAGAAUGGCCAUUAACAUUCCAAAUCUACCACCUGGCGGUGGUCUGUAUGCAAAAUAUUACAUUAUAGAGCAAGCUUUCCACGAGAAAUUUCCAGACACUCCUGCCGAAAUCUAUGAUUAUUUUUCAAUGUAGAAUAUUUGAUGAACACAUAAGUCGAGUAAAUUAAUGUUUAAUAAUGCUAUUUUUAUAUUUUUCCUAGUGUAUUCUUCGCUUCAUUAGUUUAUUCCGAAGAAAUCCUCCCAUUUUGUUUGCCAAAGGAAGUGUGCUACUAUGUAGCAACAGCUGUGCAUUAUGGCCAUCCGAUUGCCAGCUUGUGCUUCGUCUAAAGCAGUGGCACAACAUGCCAUAUACUUGAUUUUUUGAAUUAGAUACAGACGCACGCAUUACGCAUACGCAAUGCCUGCGGACCGAAGAACAAUCAAACUCAUAAAACUCAGA